UGAAGCCAUUGUUUUAUAAGUGCAUCGAACCAAUCAGAUGACAGAAAUGAAAUAGUCUAUUUGUAUGCGAAUAUAUGACGCACUUGAGAAAAUUAAGGAGGUUCAUAACAUAUAAUCAUAAGAGCUUUUUACUGCGAAGCAUUUAUUCAUAAGCUGCUCAGUCUCCGAUGAAUAUUGUCUACUUGUGAUACAUUAGCGCUCUUCUGACGAUUUCGAAAUUCAAAAUGUCUCACGGCGGUCAUUCGCACGGUGGGGACGGAAUGCACGGUGGUGAACGUCCAAUGCUGACAACACACGCGUCUACCGCAGCCAUGGAUCAUCACGGAGGAAGCUCAAACCACGGUGAUCAUAGCGGGGAAAUGGCCGGGCAUGUGAUGAUGUUCCAUCUCAGGAGAGACCUCAGUGUCUUGUUUGAACAUUGGGAAAUCACUUCAACGAAAGUGUUGAUUGGCUCAUGUGUUGCAGUAUUUUUCUUGGCUGUACUCUAUGAAGGCCUAAAAAUCUUCAGAACAAGGCUGAUGCAUACACAUAGCAGAGAUGCGAGGGAAAGCAGUCGUGGAAAAGACAUCACAUACUGUGGGAAAACUCGACGGGGUUGCAGACAGAACAUGUGCACAUGCCAUAAUUUGGUGCAAACCAUAAUGCACGUCGUGCAAGUAGUGCUGGGAUACCUCCUCAUGCUGGUAGUUAUGACGUUUCAAGUGUACCUUGGGGUUGCUGUCAUAGUCGGAGCAGGCCUGGGCUACUUUCUGUUCGCAGGAUUCGCUCCUGAGAACAAUCCCAAGGAAACAGAGUCUUCUGCAAAUUCCGGACAUGGGAGUCCCGCCAUGAUGGUAAAAGUGACCAAUUUAGACGAGAUAAGGAGUCAACAGUCUAUGGAAAACCUAAGUUUUAAUAAUUUGGCCAUUAAAAAUAGGGCGUUUGAUGGCGGAAAUAUUGAAGGUGAAAAGUAAUUUUUUGACAAAGUCUGAGAAUAGUCAGAAUUUGUGCUUUGGAAAUUCAUUAAACUGAGAAGACCUUGAUAGUA